CACCACACUCAUCAUCAUCAUCGAAACAAAGCAUCCAACCACACGCACGCACAGGCUCACGCGAUUGAUCGGCUAGGCGCACAUCCGACGGAGGGCAGGUCAUGGAGGACACGGCACUGGCGUCGGAACUCGACCGGCUACAGGCCAUGGCGAGGGAGCUGAAGGCGAGCGUCGUGGACAAGAACACGCCGGCCGCCGCGCGGGAGCUCUGCGGCGAGCUGGCCGCGUCCGUCGACAGGGCUGUCCGCCUCGCCGGAAAUGGCAAUGCCAAGAACAGCGGCCAUCCGAGGAACAGCAGCAAGAAGUCCACCGCGGCGGCGAAGGUGAGGAAGCAGGUGCGGGUGGCGUCGAUGCAGGACACGGCACCGCUCGACGACGGGCUCAGCUGGCGGAAGUACGGCCAGAAGGACAUCCUCGGCGCCCCGUACCCGCGGGCCUACUUCCGGUGCACGCACCGGCACACGCGGGGCUGCCAGGCCACCAAGCAGGUGCAGCGCGCCGCCGCCGACCCGCUGCUCUUCGACGUCGUGUACCACGGCGACCACACCUGCGCCCAGGCCCCCGCGCUCUCGCUCCUAAGCGCAGAGCAGCAGCAUGCCUUCGGCCAGCAGGAACAGGACUCGCCGGCUGCAGCGCCGGAAGGAAUUCUUCAAUGGCCAUUAGAGCCCGUGACGCCACCCGGUGCCAUCGACGGCUGGACCUCACCGGCAGGCUCCUGGUACCAGCAUGCCGGUAGCUACGGCUACGCCGCGGGUGCCGGCCUUGGAACUGACAUGGACUUCGAGGCUCAGCUCGACGAGUUCUUGAACCCGACCAAGUUUUUCCAACCAGAGAUUCACAGCCUGUAGGCAUCGCGGCUAGUAUUGUACUUUACUCGCACUAGUGUUAGAAUUAGAUUCAGACUAUUACUCGCGUCACCACUAUGGACGUACUAUCACUGUUACUCAGGAUUGCAGCACCUACUCCUCCAUAAUAACUCCAAUAUAUUAUGGAUCAA